UUGGUGUCACUAAUGCCUAAAAACUCGAUCUUUUUCGGUGCUCCAGAGAGAAGGACAUGGCGGCAUCUCUCCACUACCCCGCCGCCUCCUGCUUGAACUCGCCUUCCAUGAGUUGCAAGACUAAGUCUUUCGUCGGAUUGAAGCCCUUGUCCGCAGGUGCUUUUGGUUCUGCGAAGCCGAAUCUGAGUGCUGGUUUUCAUUCGAAAGUCCAUCAGAGCCUUUCAUUGAGGCUAUCAAGCAGGAAGGGUAUUCGCCCAUGUGUGUAUAAUAUGCCCAUUGGUACUCCUCGAGUACCAUAUAGAACCCCUGGUGAAGGAACAUGGCAGUGGGUCGAUCUCUGGAAUGCUCUUUAUCGAGAUCGUGUUAUUUUCAUUGGUCAACCCAUUGAUGAGGAAUUUAGUAACCAAAUAUUGGCUACAAUGUUGUACCUUGAUAGCAUUGAAUCUUCGCAGAAGUUAUAUCUGUACAUUAAUGGCCCAGGUGGUGAUCUUACUCCAAGUAUGGCAAUAUAUGACACCAUGCAAAGCUUGAAAAGUCCAGUUGCCACCCAAUGUGUAGGUUAUGCCUACAACUUAGCAGCAUUUCUUCUUGCAGCUGGAGAGAAGGUUUGAUGGGAUAGCCGAACAGCGAUGCCUCUUGCAAGAAUUGCUCUACAAUCCCCCGCUGGAGCAGCUCGUGGCCAGGCUGAUGACAUCCGUAAUGAAGCAAAUGAACUUUUACGGAUCAAAGAACACCUGUUUGGAGAGCUGGCCAAAAAGACCGGCCAACCUCUUGAAAAGAUUAAUAAGGAUCUAAGCCGGAUGAAGCGAUUUACCGCUCAAGAAGCUCUAGAAUAUGGAAUCAUUGAUCGUGUCCUCAGACCUGCAAGGAUAAAGGCUGACGCUCCCCGCAAGGACUCUACGGGGCCUGGCAUUGGUUGAUUGUCGUCCUGCUGACAAGUUGAUCAAACCUCAAGCACUUGAGAUUCAGAUAGCUUUUUAUGCUGCUGUGAUUUAUAAGGGAAAUUUAUUAAGAUUGUAAAUUGCUGAUGAUUUUGAACUUGAUAUGCUGUACGAACAAUUUGGUUUGUGUAACAUUUUGAAGCUUAUAUCAUUCAAUGUUCUAGGA